UCAAUCAGCAUUACCUUUAUUUAAAUUGUUGGACAUACUUGUUUUUGGAAUACAUAUGAUAUAUUUCAGAAGGAUAUAUAAAUAAGAUAUCAGUCCAAUAAAAUGAUGUGAUUUAAUACAAAGUGAGUGUUUGUUUUAGGCUGAUACAAUCUGGACAUUCUGUUUUGGAUAUACAUAAUAUUUAAUACAACCAUUUAUAUAACGGGUGCUGACCAAAGUCAGAUGUCAAGAUCCUAACCAUGAGCUACCGACAAGCAGACCGUUACGAAGCCAAAUAUGAUGACCCUCGUGCUAACCCGCACAGUUCCCAGUACGACCCCAAGUUUGACCCCUACGUCCCAAUGCCAGCCUACCACAGAUUUCCUCAACCAGUCUACAGAAACUAUGAUGACGACAAUCGACGAAGUCCGACCUUGCAGACCGAACAAAGGCAACAGCCCGCAUAUAGUUAUUACACAUAUAAUCCACCAAGAUACAGACAGAGACCCUACUACUCCUAUAGCAAUCGGCCUCCAUACCAAAACGAUACGUAUAAAUCGCCAGCCUUUAUGCAAAGUCUUCCGAGAUAUCAGCAACAGCAGCAACAGCAGCAACAGCAGCACCAGCAGUACCAGCCGCAGCAGCCGCAACAACGCCAGCCACCUCCUUAUGACAAUAGAGAUUUUAACAGCCCUUAUUAUUCCCAGUCAUCACCAAGGCCAGAAGAUCCGGUUCGACAUAAGCAACAGUAUGAGAAUAUGCCACGCGCCGGUCUGGCGACGAACUACAACACGCGAAUCACUGAUCUACUCACGUCCAUAAGGGACCCUGUUGUGAAAGACCACAGCUUGAGACGCUCCAUGGAGGUUCACAAAGGUUACCUGGUGAUGAUGCGGGUCGCUCCACGCAGCCUUGCCGAGGUCAUCAAUGCAGUCCAGAGCAAUGUCAGCUCCAUAGCCGCGUUCGAGGGUUACUGUUUGGGAUUCGCUGAGCCCUGUCUGGACAACACCCGCGAAAUUCAUAUGUCCUCACAAAGAUAUCACCAAGAAAAGAAUAAUGGAAAGGUGAAAGUUCUGAAGUCCAGCUACGCGGUGACGCAGGACCCCUGGUGGGAGCCUCGAGACUCCCGGCGCUCCCCGCGAUUCGCAACCGUAGCCUUCUGGUUCAAAGACGCCGUGUCUGCCAACAAGUGCUUCGAGAGUGUAGGGCGCUUCCGACAGCCUGACUUCCCCGACUGUAACCGCCCGCAGAUUGUGGCUGUUCCUCUCACAUACGGAAAAGAUAUGGAGACGCCUUUCGACCCAGAACGUGAAACAAAUACAUUUCUGUGGGCCGAAUAUCCAUCCAUACACGAGCGCUACAACUACGACUUCAUGGCCAACUAUUCGGAGCCUGCACGGAAAAUGAUUCGGGCGUUCGGUGGAAAUCCAUACAUCUCAGUCUCCGAGUACCUGCCCGGCUGGGACCCUGACCUGAACAAGUUUGGUGCACCAGGAUACGCUCGCAAGGAGGUGGAGCACCGGCGGGUAGGCCGCUCUAUCAAAGGGGACGGCUGGGUCCCACCCAGGUCUAUCAUCGCCGUCAGCGCCUUUCCGGAUAUGGGGGCAUUGGAGGGAUUCUUUUAUGAUCCCCAACAUGAGCAGAUGCUGGCGAAUCUGAGCCGUUACUCUGAGCCCGUCAUGGUUGGUUUCACGCUGCAGAAGAUACGGGGUACCAAUCGAGUGUAGUCAUGGGGAAAAUAUGUGUAACCAUGGUAUUGGAUAUUUGGCGUCAGGAAAUUAAUUAAAGUACCAAUAUUGAAAUGAACAACUGAUAAGCAAGUGGCGUUGUAAAAUAUACCUACACCAAAUAUAUUUCUCCGCAUGUUGGCCAUGUGAAAAUGGUGGAACAAGAGUUAUAGGAUGUAAUCUUUGUUAAAAUAAACGCACAGCUAGUAUCAGUUUUGUUUAUCUAAUAAUUGUGUUACUGAUGAAUAGAAAGAUUUUGGCAAAUUAAAACCAUUUUAAGUUAUAUUUUAGAUUAUUUAUUUAGAUUUUUAUAAAAUAUUAUUCUAACCUGUAUUAACCCGUUUUAUAUGUAACAGUGCAUACCGAGGCUUAGCGAAGACCAGACAUAAAAAACUCUUUGUAUUCGUCUGCCUGGCGCUGAGAACUCAAUGUGUUUAAUAGUCUUAGUGUAAAUGAAUCCAGAACUUUUUAACAACUGUAAUAUUGUGUCAUAAACUCUCAUAAUAACCACACCUCAAACCAAGUACUUUUUCUGGAAUGGUCAAUAGAGUCGAGGUUCCAUUGGACAUCCACUUAUGUAGUACGACCAGAACAUUGACUGUGUUGCAUUCUCAUAGACCAUUGUUUUUCUUUAAAUAUGGAAAACUAACUUAUGGUAUAUAUACAAUCAUUGUACAUUUAAUGUAACUCAAAUCAUUGUAUUAAACAGUUGAAAAGUG